AUGGCCAUCCCCAAACAAAAACGAUUCACAACCUCAACCUCCACCAGGAGUGGAGAGGAUGCCCCCCGCCCCUACAAAUGUCACCUCUGCCCCAAAUCCUUCCACCGUCUCGAGCACCAGACCCGCCACAUCCGCACCCACACCGGCGAACGCCCUCAUCAGUGCACCUUUGCCGCUUGCCAAAAGCGCUUCUCUCGGUCCGACGAACUGACCCGCCACAUGCGCAUCCAUACCAACUCAAAGGCCAAGAAGGAGCGCACCGCUAUCUUCCCUGCUCUCCCUUCAGCACAACAGCAACAGCAGGCUCAGGCACAGUCAAUGAAAGUCGGCGGUAGCGGUUUCGAGAUUGAGACCCCUACCCCUUCCCCUUCGCCUUCACCAAGAAUGGACACCGCCGUGCGAAACACAAGGGUCGCUCACCCUUAUCAUAUCUCACCGAGACAGUCGCCUUAUCCCAUGCUCGAGCGGUACCAUCGCCAGCAGUACAGCCAGCAGUACAACCAAGAACCCUCCCCUCCAGCCUCGGCCAACUCCUCGCCCGUCUCGAUGGUCAUGUCCGAUUACGAGUCCGAGUCAACGUCGUCGCCCCUCUUCACCCCCGAGUCCUCCCCCGUGCCCAUAUCCAUGUCCAUGGUUUCCUUGGGCUACACCACACCCCAGCUCUAUAGCUGCAACAACACCUACCAAAAGUACCAGCAAGAUUCCUCCUCUUUCAACGCCUCGGUCCAGUUGCCCCCUGUCCUGCUGGAUCAUUCUUACCAGCACCAACAGAACGUCUUGCCACCGAUCUCGUCCCUCAUGAAGUCCCUCCGCCUUUAA